AUGGCCAGUGGGAUGCCAGCUUUCCUGCUCCUCCUCUGGACAACAAACACACCUCAAGGUGCAGGAGUCCAGGUUUUGCCACCUGUUAACUUCACCCUCACAGUCUCUGCGUUAGCACAAGUGCUGUUACAGUGGGAGCCAAACCCUGCUCAGGAACAAAACAACUCCACCAUUAGGUACGAUGUGAAAAUCCUGAGCCCUGAGCCAGAAGAGUAUGACACCAGCAGGACGCAGAGCGUGCGAACAGCAGCGCUUCACAACGGCUUCUGCGCCCGCGUGCGCACCUUGCUGCUGCAGGAGGGCCUCCAGAGGGGCAGUGACUGGGUGCAGGGACACCUCCCACCUCUGCCAGGUGCUGCAGAGACCUCUGUCACCAACCUGUCCUGUGUCACCCACGUCACCAUCCCUGGCAAUGUCUCUCUCCACUGCAGCUGGCUCCCUGGCCCAGGGGCUCCAGAGGACACCAAAUAUUUCCUCUUUUACAGGUACGAGACACACACAGAGGAAUGUCCCACUUACAGCAAAGACAAGUGGAGCAGGAAUAUUGAGUGCAGGUUUUCAAGCACUCAGAUUCAGCCUGGUGAGAUUGACAACCUCAUUGUCAUUCACAUUAAUGGCUCCAGCAAACGUGCUGCAAUCAAGCCUUUCCAGCAGUUAUUUAACCAAAAUGCCAUCGAGAAAGUGAAUAUUCCCAGAAAUAUCAGCAUAUCCCUGCAGCAAAACCAUCUCCUGGCCACGUGGGAGAAGCCAAUUUCUCCUUUCCACGAGGAAUGUUUUGAAUAUGAAUUUUAUCUCAUCAACCUGAAGUCAGGUAACAAGCAGAUCCUGAGCCUCUCCUCCAGCAGUUUCCAGCUGAGGGUGGAUGCCAGCAGCAGAUAUUCCAUCAGGAUCAGGGCCAACCUCAACCACAUCUGCCGGGCCCCAGGAGUCUGGAGUGACUGGAGUGCCACCAAUUACAUUGGGCAAAAUAAACUGGAGAGUUCCAUAGCCUGGAUUCUCACUCUGCUCUGUGUGUCCACGUCCUGCAUGUUGCUGCUUGUUGCUAUAUUAUGCCAAAUAAACCACGUUUGGACAAAACUGUUCCCACCAAUCCCAACGCCCAGCAACAAAUUCCGAGACCCUUUCCCAAUUGACUACGAGAGAGCACGGACCUGCCCCAGCUCCACGGAGACCGAGGUGGGCAGCCUGGCUGAAGGCUUCUCCUGCAGCGUCCUCGACGACUCCGUGUUCUGAGAGGCUCCACGAGGUCACCCACCAACGCUGGAGAGGGCUCUGUGCCACCUCUCUGUGUCCCUGCUCCCAGUGGGGACGAGGAUUUGCCUGCACCAGGUGCCUUGUUGCCAAACAAAGUUCCAGCUCAAGCAGGAUGGAAGCUCAUGGCACAAGGGCUGUGUAGGGAAAAAAAAGCCUGGGAAAGAGCCAAUGGAUUCAUUUUUUCUGGCUGGCACCUUACUUUUUUGGGGGUUUGUUUUACCUUGCCCUGACAACUGGAAAUGCAAACUGGGUUUGGCACAACCCUGUGGAUGCAGCAAGGUGGUGCUGGCAGUGACCAAGAGGGGUCAAACACUGGGAAAAGAAAGAAAAACGUGUGAAGCACCCAGUGCUGUCACCCCAGUGCUGUCACCCCCAGUGCCACAGCAAGGCCACCCUGAGAGCAGGGACACUCACCAGGCCUUUGCUGCUACGCUUUGUAACAAAACUGUGAAUUUCCACCUGAAUUUCCACCCUGGGCUCUGACCUCCCUGGCUGUGGCCCAUGAAGUUCUCCUGGUCUUGCAGAAUUCCUUCCAGUUCCAAGAAACCUCCUGUCCAUGGAGCUGGGUCAAACAUGUUAAUGAAGAAUAAAAAUAAAGAUUUGAUCCACCCAAUAAGUUCUGUGGAAAGUGCCUAAAGAAAUGGAGUUUCCAAGUACUAUAGACUAAAAAUAAUUAUAAUAAACGAGUCAUUUCUCAUCUGGGUGAAGUAGCAUUGCUCCAUCAAAGUUAAUGUAACUCAUUAAUAUAACAUUGAUGCUUCCAAUGUCUCUCUUACAUGUGCUUUUAAUAGAUUCGAGGGCCCCAACUUUAACACUCUAAAAUCAGAAUUUCAUUAGUAAAAUCCUAAAAAUGAGACUAAAGAGAAUUCACUUAUUGGAAUGUAUUUUAUGUCAUGCCUUCAAGUGGCCUAAUAAAUAAUAAAUAAGGUUUCUGCACAUAAUUCCAUUCCCAUUAAUGCCAAGCUAUUGCACAGGUCAAUGCAAUAUAUUUAAAUAUAUUUUACAUAUCAGACACCUGGUACUUCCAGGAUGAGUCCUCAUGGGGACAUGAGGGCUGGAUGGCUUGGAGAGCCAGCAGCCACACUUCUACUCACCCUGGUAAAUAAAUCCAACGUGGUGUAAAGCAGGAGCAGCAGCAUUUCCCCAGCCAGGCUGCAGGUCCAGCCCACUCACCUUUAGUGAUCUCAGUGCUGGAGAACCAAGGGUGCAGGAUGAGGACAGUUCCUGGCCAAGCUCCUCCUCAUGGUCGUGAUUCCUGGAGGAAAAUCUUCACUCCAGGCAGCACAGGGGAAAAGGAAUUUGCCCAGGAUCCCAGGCCACAGCCAGGGCUGUGUCAGUUUUGGCACCACCACAUCAGACCUCCAGCCCCACACUCCCACAGCACAGAAUCAUUAUUUCUCAUUUUUUUCCCUUCAAACCCAGCUCCCAACCCCCUUUUGCUUCUUCCCUGCUGC